AUGAUAACACAUAAAACUCAAGGUCAAACACUCGGUAAAAUUAUCAUUGAUCUUAUCAUGCCAC